ACACUAAACUUUCUCAUUUUGUUUUUCUUGUACAAAUUCUUAAAAAUUGGUAAAGUUUCGGGCGCCUAUCACCCACAAUGUACACUCUGGGCUACUUCGUCGCUAUAUUCAAGCAUUGGCUGAGGCGCUUUUAUGUCUACAUCGGGUCCGCCUGGGCGCUGUUUGCGCUGCUCACCUACUUCCUGGACCAUCAAUAUGCCACACAUGGCAGGGACUUGAUGUUCUGGAGGGAGUUUCUUGCCAAAUACUUGCAUCCUAGCAUGAUGAUACCCAUGUCCCUAAUCAAUAUCUCACUGCUCUUCAAGUUCUGUGUAUUCCUUACCGUGUUGCUGGUACAUUUGUUUCCUGGUCACGGCAUUGAGAACUAUUUGGAACGGCGGCGCCGGCAGAAGUAUGCCAGCUAUAUAAUGAGACGGCUGCUGCUCCAACUGGAGCUGGCCAUGUGGCAUAGGCCCAAGAAGCUGGAGCUGCAUGAUGCAUUGACGCAACUCCACUACCAGUAUGCUCAGGCCUCUGCUUUUCGAGCCGUGAGUCUUUUUCGACGGGAUGCCGAAAAACUGCUGGUCAAGCGGCACGAAGAAUCUGACCAGGAUUUGGAUUUCUUUGUCCUAGACGAGGAGGAGCUGAUGCUGCAAUUAUCGGGCUAUCACAAUACCCCAUAUUCUGUUACGGAUCAGGUGCUGGCAAAGUUGCUUUAUCCACAGCGGGAAGUGGAGUGAACGUUUUCUACCUCUAGCCCAUUAUUCGGGGUAUCCUUUUACUGUACCGUUUCGUCUUUUGGUCAACAAAAUUAUUCGUUUUAUCCAAAUAUAUAUAUAGAGUAUAGUAAAGCAAAUGGA